AUGUAUACCAAAUCGCACCAAGGUCGUGGUAGUAGUGCAGUAGGGUUAACUGUAUCCGUUACUCGUGAUCCAGACACUCGUGAAUUUGUAUUAGAGAGUGGCGCUGUUGUCUUAGCUAAUGGAGGUGUAUGUUGUAUUGAUGAAUUUGAUAAGAUGGAGGAUAAUGCUAGGGCUAUAUUGCAUGAGGUGAUGGAGCAGCAGAGUGUGACGGUGGCGAAGGCAGGGAUUGUUGCUUCUCUUAAUGCACGGACUGCUAUCUUAGCAUCCGCUAACCCUAUCAACUCAAGAUACGACCGUCAACGGGCAGUUAUAGAGAAUAUUAAUUUACCUCCUUCUUUGUUUAGUAGAUUUGAUUUAAUAUAUUUAUUAUUAGAUUCAUCUAAUCCACAAGCAGAUAAAUCUCUUGCUUAUAGAUUAUGUCAAGCUUUUGCUGGAGAUCCUAAUAUUGAUACAGAGAGUCAUAGUCCACCAUUAAGUAAGAGUUUAUUAUCUUCUUAUUUAUCUUAUUGUCGUUAUCGUUGUCAUCCAACACUUUCCUUAGAGGCAAAAGAAGCAUUAAAACAAGAAUAUCUAAGAAUGAGGAGGAGAGACGUUACCUCUAAACAUCCUUCUGCAUCAAUUCGUCAAUUAGAAUCCUUACUACGUUUAUCUGAGGCCAUAGCCAAACUUCGGGUGUCUAGGCAGGUCACUGCAGCAGAUGCAGCAGAAGCUGUACGUCUUGUUCAUGUUGCUACCUUCCAAUCUCUUGUUGAUCCUUUCUCUGGUCGUAUAGACUUUGAUCAGAUACAUGUUGGGCAGAGUAGGCAGCAGCGGCUGCUGCAGCAGCGCUGCAGCGAAGCACUGCAGCAAGUGCUGCUUGCUGCAGCAGCAAAUGGAUCAGGUCCCUUAUCUAAGGAAGAUCUACAUGCUAAGGUGCAAGAGCUCCUUAAGCUUGGUGGCGGCAGUCCUCAUGUAGACAUGAGUACUCUUAGUGCAGCACUGCAGCAACUGGAGGAAGAUCAGAUUGUAUCAAGGAAGCCUGGAGGUCUCUUCCAUGCAACAGUUGUUGCUAGUUAA